GGCACUGGCAAUCCCCCCCCCCUCCCUCCCCCUCUUCCCCUUCCUCGAAGCCUGUGGAGAAAAUUGUUUACAUAUCUGAGUUCCUGUUAAUUAAAAAUGAAAGAAGUGAAAUCCCUGGUUGUACAUGUGAACGAAUGCCCUACUCACUCCGAGUUGCCGGAACUCUAACUCUGCGGUUGCAAGUCUUUGUUUACAUGUAGCGAAGGGCAGCAGCAUGAUAAACGAGACUUGAACUGCCGUUUUUCGUGGGUGAACCUCCGUCAGAAUCAAGAUGUGCUGGAGACUGAACCAUCUUGCUUCCUCCUCAUGAACCAUGAACAUUCUUAAAUUAUUCUCCAUGUCAUGAAGUUGCCAAAUCCCCUAUCAGUUUCACCCUCGUCCUCCUCUCCUGCUUCUCUCGCUAUGCUCACCAACGCCCCAGGAACCUGGAGGUCUGCGACAGGAAGCCUUAGGGUUUCAUCGGAGAAGUCGAAAAGGCAUUUCGUUGACGAAAGCCAAUCAGACCCUGAUGAUCCUGAUAGUGACUGUGAUGUUGCUCCUCCUCCUCUCGUCCCCUCAAACCUGACUCAAGGGAAUAAAAGUGGGCAAAAAAUGACAAGGGAAGAAAAAUGUGAAGAAUUUUUGUGCCUGUAUGCAAGGGCUAGGAAUUUGGUUUCGCAAUGUGUUGGCGAACAGCUUCUCAAAAGGUGCAAGAUAAUGACAGAAAUUAUAUCUAGUUGGGAAAAGAAUAUAGAAGUUGAAGUCGUCCAGAACACUUCAGGUGGAAAACAUGUCCCUAAUGGCACCCAAAAAAAGAGAGCCCCUCUUUGCCUUGAUGCACCCAACAUCCAGGAUAAAAGCAACCAAAAGAAAAAUACUAUCCAAGAACGAAGGAUGUUUUCUUGCACCAUGUGCAGUAAGAUGUUAACUACGCCACUAGCACUUAAAUUACACUUAAGAAUCCAUACAGGGGAAAAGCCUUUUGAGUGCCAAGUUUGCAAUAAGAAGUUUGAACAGUCAAGCUCUCUGGGAGUUCAUUUGAGAACACAUGAUGAAAAGGCAGGGGAGAACACUCUGAAAGCAGAGAGGUCGGUUAUGUGCCACAUUGAUAGCAGGAUAACAAAUACUUCAGGUGAUGGAGAUAUCUCCUCUGACAUCGAGGAAAUUUCCCUUUCUGUUGUUGAUGCUCCUCACAUCGUGGUCGAUACUGAACAAGAGAAUGGUGACAUCAAUUGUCAAGAAAACUCUAGAACUUUGUCACAAAGUGAAGAUGUUUCACAUUUGCCCUCACCGCACAUCCAGGAUGAAACCAGCCAGGAUGAUGAUAAUAAUGACAAUUUUAAGGAAGUUGAAAGUCCUGAGAAUUCUAUUGAUGUGGCUGCAAGUGAUGAUGAUGGUUCAUAUUCACCUUCUGUUGGUGACAAGUCCUCGGAUUCUGAGAGCUCUUCAGAUGAAUCUAAUAAUGUGCGUAAUAAGAAUAUUCAACCCAAACCGGACAAGAUUAUCCACGAAGGAAAAACUAUGUUCCCUUGCACCAUGUGUUCUAAGAUGUUGACUACCGCACUCGGAUUUAGAUUACACUUAAGAACCCAUACAGGGGAAAAGCCUUAUGAGUGCCAUGUUUGCAAUAAGAAGUAUCGACAAUCAAGUGCUCUUGCAGUUCAUAAAAGAACACAUACUGGAGAAAAGCCUUAUGAAUGUGCUGUUUGCGGUAAGAAGUAUAAUAGAAAGAUCCAUCUAAGAAAUCAUCUUCAAGGCCAUGAACAGCCCAGUGAGGGUAAUGCUCCCAAAGAAAAAAGGACAUUUUUGUGCCACAUCUGCAGCAAGAUGUUUACUGCACAAAAAUCACUCAGCUCACACCUACGAACUCAUACGGGAGAAAAACCCUACAUGUGCCAUUUUUGUGAUAAAACUUUCUCGCAGAGUGGUAACCUUAGAACUCACAUAAGAACCCACACUGGAGAAAAGCCUUCGAAAUGCACUAUUUGUGACAAGAAGUUUAAUAGAAGUAGUGCUCUGAGGUAUCAUCUUCUCUCCCACCAGGGGGAAAAGCCAGAGGAGUGUACUAUUUGUUCCAUGAAGUUCAGAGGCAAAGCCAAUCUCAAAAGACACAUUAGAACCCAUACUGGUGAGAAACUCUAUACGUGCACAUUUUGCGAGAAGAAGUUUGCCAGAAAACAUACUCUUCGAGCCCAUGUUGCCAAUAAACAUACAGAAGAAAAGCCUUUUGAGUGCACAUUGUGUGGUAAAAAGUACAGUAGAAGCAUUGACUUGAAGAAUCAUCAUGAUAAUACUCAUGUUGCCAAUAAACCUGGUUAUAAAGGUAAAAAAAAGAAACCACAGCCUCAGGAAUGUCCAAUAUGCAAAAAGCAGUUAAGUAAUAAACAUAUUCUCAGAGAACAUCUUAGAAUCCAUACUGGGGAAAAGGCAUAUGAGUGCCCAAUUUGCCAGAAGAAGAUAAGUUCUCUCAGUAAUAUCCAGGCGCAUCUUAGAACUCACUCUGGGGAGAGGCCUUUUGAGUGCACAGUGUGCAGCAAGCGUUUUAGCCUCAAAGCUAAUCUUAAAACGCAUCUUAGAAGACACACAGGGGAAAGGCCUUUCGAGUGCACAAUAUGCAAAAAGAGGUUCAAUCAAUCAUGUGAGCUCAAAGAGCAUACUAGAAUUCACACAGGUGAAAAGCCUUAUGAGUGCACUGUUUGUAAUAGGAAGUUCACACAAUCAAGUACUCUCAAGAAACAUUUUAAAACUCAUGAACCAAAGCCGGAGCUGCAAUUAACGAUUGGGUUACUCUUAUUGACUCAAAAUGAAUGUGAAGGUUUGAACCAUCCUGCUUCCCUCUGCUUAAGUCGCCAACUUGUCUACCAGUUUCGCGCUGCUUCUGUCAACAUGCUCAGCAAGGCCCUGAGCACCCGGAGGUCCCCAAGAGGAGGGCCUGGUGUUUCAACGGAGAAGGCCAAGAGGCAGGUUUUUGAUGAAAGCCAUUCCGACCCUGAUGAUCCUGAUAGUGACUGUGACGUUGCUCUUCCUGCAUCCAUCGCACCGAACCUGAGUCAAAGGAAGAAAAGUGGAAACCACCUGACAAAAGAGGAGAAAUAUAAUGAAUUUUUGCGCCUGUGUGCCAAGGCUGGGAAACUGGUUUCAAAAUGUGCCAGGGGGGAGUUUCUGGAUAGAUGCAAGAUGAUGAAAGAUAUAAUAUCUAGUUGGAAGAAGAAUGUAGAAGUUAGAGUCACCUCAAACACUUCAGGUGUCUCUGACACGUUUCAGAACACAAGUUUGGGACUAGAAUCUCUAAAAGAAACGUCUCACAAUGAAAGAAAUAUGUAUCACUGCGUCAUCUGCCAUCAGUUGUAUCCUACAGCACUAGGACUUAGAUUACACUUGAGAAUCCACACAGGGGUAAAACCCUAUGAGUGCCGAGUUUGCGAUGAGAAGUUUGAACAGUCAAGUGCUCUUGGAGUGCACUUGAGAACACAUGCUGGAGGAAAGCCAGCGGAAAACAAUGUGAAAGGAGUGAGGAAUGAUACGAGUCAUGUGGACAGCAGGAUCACAAAUGGUACAGCUCCUCAUACUCUGGCUGAUACUAAACGACAUGAUGGUGGCUUCAGUAAUCAAGAAAUCUCUGUUACCUCAUCACAGACUGAAGAUGAUUGUGGUUUGCCCUCAGCCCUCAUCAAGGAUAAAACCAACCAGGAUGAUAAUGAUGAAGAUAAUUUUAAGGAGGUUACAAGUUCUGAGGACUCUAUUGAUUUAGCUUCAAGUGAUGACGAUUCAGAUUCACCUUCACCCCUCAUCAAGGAUGAAACCAACCAGGAUAAAACCAACCAGGGUAAAACCAACCAGGAUAAAACCCACAGAGAUGAAACCAACGAGGAUGAUAAUGAUGCAGACAAUUUUAAGGAGGUUACAAGUCCUGAAAACUCUAAUGAUUUAGCUUCAAGUGAUGACGAUUCAUAUGCACCUUUAUUUGAAGAGGAUUUCUCAGAUUCUGAGUGUUCUUCAGGCGUCCCUGAUGAUCUUUGGAGUGCCAAGAACAAGCCGGAACAGAAAAAGAAGAAGGCUGUAACAAAAGAUAGAUUAGUUUUGUGCCAUGUUUGUAGUAAGAUGAUUAAACCUCAAAGACUUCGAGCACACUUAAGAGUCCACUCAGGGGAGAAACCUUACGAAUGUGAAGUUUGCAAUAUGAAGUUCAGUCAAAGAGGUAAUCUUAGGAGCCAUAUGACUACCCAUUCAGAGGAGAAGCCUCAUAAGUGCACUAUUUGUGAAAAGAAAUUUAGUACUAUGAGAGGUCUCAAAGGUCAUCUUCAAAUCCAUAGAGGUGAAAAGCCUUAUGAGUGCAAGCUGUGCUCGAGGAAGUUUAGUAACGCAUCUAAUCUUAAGAAACAUGUUAGAGUGCAUACAGGAGAAAAGCCAUUUGAAUGUACAAUUUGCAAUAUGAGGUAUACACAAAAACAUAGUCUUGAUUCUCAUGUUGCCAAUUCCCACACAGGAGUGAAGCCUUUUGAAUGCACACAAUGUAGCAGGAAGUUCAGAUUUAGGAGUCAGCUGAAUGCUCAUAUUAAAGCCCAUUCAAAGCAAAGGAAAAAAUAUACGGGUGAAAAGCCCUUUGAGUGCUCAACUUGCUAUAAGAAGUUUAGCAACAAACAUAUUCUGAGGAGACAUGUCGAGGUAAUCCACAAUGGGGUAUUGUCAUUUAAAUGCUCAAUUUGCAACAAGCUUCUUACUAGCUCUUCUGGUCUCCAAGCCCAUCUUAGAACCCACACUGGAGAGAGGCCAUUUGAGUGCACUACUUGUGGUAAAAGGUUCACCCUCAAGGGUAAUCUUCAAACUCAUAUUCGAACCCAUACAGGGGAGAAGCAAUUUGAGUGCCCAGUUUGCAACAAAAGAUUUAAUCAGUCAUGUCAACUCAAAUCUCAUGCUCGAGUGCACACUGGUGAAAAGCCUUAUGAGUGCAAAGUGUGCAAUAAGAAAUUUUCCCAAGGAAGCACACUAAGAAAACAUCUUGUGACUCAUGAUACCAAAUAGGCUUUCAAAUUGUGUGCGUUCUGGCAAAGCAUUAUCAGAUCUCAUUUUAGAAUUUGAUAUCGGGAGAAGCCCCUUGGGCCAGGUUAAAUCGAAUUUCUGUACUCACCUUUUUGUGUGUGCCUCAUUCCUCAAUUUUUUAAUUUUAAAUAUUGUAAAACUUUUAUUUAUUUCUGGUUAUUUCGUUUUACUUUAACCUGUGACAAACUUUCAAAAAGCAAUAGAACCUGUCAAAGCAUAGUCAAAGACACAGUGAGUUUCCUUUUUCAAAUUUUCUAUCUCAUUUGUGUCUAAUUGCUUGCUGUAAAUUUUCAGCUGAGCCCAACUCUUUCCCAAGUAGGUAAUAUUUUGGUGUAAAUGGAGGGGGUGAGGAAAAUAAGAGGAAAAUAAUGUCAAAUCCAUGUAUAUGUCUAUUGUUCAAAUAAAACCUUACGCUAAGCUUGUUUAAA